AUGACGCGGCAAUCCCGGCUGAAAAGUGAAGGCGGAGAACCCCAAUGGGGCCGGAAGACGUCGCUCUCCUGUCCGGCCUCGCUGCUGUUCGACUGGCGCCUGGGCCGCUGCCGUCCGGCCUCCAAAGUGGGCUGCCCGAAGCUGCGGUGCGACGCGGACGGCGUGUUCGCCGACCGCGUGGGCGGAUGCAGGCGGUACUUCCGGUGCCAGGACGGGGACAGGGAGGAAGCGCUCUGCCCGCAGGUACCAAACGCCGCGCGUCAAAACGAAAACAAAAGCAGGGAGAUGAUGGAACUGGUCUACCAUGAAGUAUUGGGUCAGCUGUUCGAAGCAGGUCGCUGUCAGAACUCGACGGACGUGCAGUGCGAGGGCGAUAACGGGUGCGCCAGUCUGCCGGACGCCUUCUACCCGGCGCCUGGCUGCGCCCAGUUCGUGCUCUGCGUGGCCGGCAAUGCUCGGGAGUUCUCGUGCCCGUCCGACCUCGUCUUCAGUCGCAAGCAGCUCGCCUGCGACUACCCACGCAAGGCGAGCUGCGAGGUGCAGGAUGCGUACUGCGCCCCCGGCUCGAACGGUCUCUUCCCGCUGACCGGCUGCCGAGAGUUCGCCGUGUGCCGGGACGGGGUCCUCCUCAAAGUGGGCAGCUGCCCCAAGGGCACCGCUUUUGACGCCAACACCUUGAACUGCCGCCCCGCCGCGGACGUCAAGUGCACCUUUGCCGAAGAGUACGCAGAGCCGGAGUGCGUCGGCCGCCCCGACGGCGUGUACGCGGGCGCAACAGCGGAUGCCUUCUACGCCUGUCUUGGCCAAGUCAAGGUGGCCACAUCAUCGUGCCCCGAAGGAUCGGUGUUUGACCCCACUCUUCCCGGUUGCCAGACAACGGGCCCUGUAGCCGCUAACGACGGCGUCGCCUACGGCCAGUACGAAUGCGAAGGCCGGAUCGGUGUGUUCCCCGACUACAGGACGUCGUGCUACAGCUACCGCAUCUGCGCCGAUGGCUUGGAAGUCGUCCAGGACUGCGGGGGCGGUCUCAGUUUUGACACCGAGUUUGGCCGCUGCGUCGAGGACGCGUCGACCCCGUGCCGACCUCCACGCGUCGUCGGUACCUUUAAGUGCCCGGAGGGUUCACCGGGACUGUUCGUGGACGAGAACAGCGGAUGCAGAUUUUGGCACGAGUGUGUCGGCUCCGAGGGCGUAUCGUACGCCUGCCCCAGGGGUCACUCGUUUGACCCUGAGCGGAUGCUUUGCCGCCCCAUUCUAGGCUGUUCUCGGGCUGCGCUGCGACCACGGGCCUCCAUCUCAGUGACUGGAAGCAUCGUACGACUCAAUGACACUGACUUCGAAGUCGACUGCGGAGAAGUUGCCGAGGUGCUGCCAUCCGUGGACCGUCGGGACUUCCACGUCUGCGCUCCUGCUGGAGCCUUCAAUUUCCGCUGUCCCGCCGGCACGGCCUUCGAUCCUGACAGAAACGCAUGCGACAUCGAUCGUGGCACCGACGUGACCGACUUUUCGCUUCCAGGAAGCGCCGACGACGACUUCAGCUGUGACGGCAGGCGUGAUGGCCUCCACCCCGACGAGACCAUGGGUCACGACUGCGCGAGGUACUACUCGUGCGAAGGUGGUCGAAAGAGAAUCAUGUUGUGCCCUAAAGGCACUAGGUUCAACCAAGUGCUUCUCCUAUGCUCCAGCUCCGUCCUGUGUCAUGUGGACCGACACUUCUCGGUCACGCAGCCGCCGGUCCCACAGGAUACACCAUCUACCACUACAGAAGCUAGCACUACAACGACUACACCGUCUACCACGGUGUCAACUACGACGGCGACGAGGCGAACAACUGCGCAAUACACCUAUGAGUGGACGACGCCGGCGCCUGUGCUUGCAACUGCACGGCCAUCUGUGAGAGGAAGCGCUCGGGCAGCUACGAGAGGAACUACAUGGGAAGCCACUUGGCAAGGCAGUUGGGCAGCGACGCGAGCUGCUACCCGCGCCCCAGUGCCAUCGACCGCGGCAUUUACAAGGCCAGCGACUACGGCGCGAUCAACUACGCCCACUACAACUGAGCCUACGACGACAACAACGACAACGACUACAACGACUACAACGACUACAACGCCAGCGCCUGCGCCUGACCUACGACAGGAAGUGGAGCCAGAGUAUGAAGAUUAUUAUACAGAAUUUUCCCCGGAAACUACCGCAGAAGUGACUCCAGGUGUUGCACGUCAAAAUGUGCCAGUGACAACACCUCAAAGCCCCCCAGAAGCUGUUCCAGGACUUCUUCCAAGGAAAAUUCCAGAAGGUGUGCCACUACCUCGACUGGAAGAUACACUAGUAACUGCGCCUCCGGCCAAUAACGACAACAGGCCAGAGGCUACGCCAGAAAGUGCGCCGAGAACGAGUACAGUGCCACCGGUUACUAGGCCGCGGAUUACUGAGGAACACACGCCGGAAACUACGCCACCAACGACGCAAGCCAGCACAACGGAAGCUACACGGAAAACUACGCCAAAGUUUGUGCCUGAAUACGAUAUAGACUAUUAUUCAGAUUACGUGCCGGAAACAACUGCACGGUUCACAACAGAAACUACACAGGCUACCACUGCCGUAACAACUGAAAGAACUACGACGCGACAAACGACGCCCGUAUUUUCUCGCGUAACCACACCGGCCCCUGUACCGGUAAGCACAGCAACUACAAGAGCGCCAACAAGAGCAACUGCCCGAACUGCUACACGCAGAACCACGUGGUCUGACUCGUGGGAUGGUGCGUGGGCUGCAACGCGAGUGCCCGCAUGGGCAGCUACGCGAGCACCAACAUGGGAAGCUACACGCGGACAGGCGACGCGAGUACCCGUGACGCGACCAACAGUAACGCAAGUACCGGUGUCGCAAGCCCGAGUCACACAAGCACGGGUGACGCAGGCACGGGUGACGCAAGCACGAGUGACGCAAGCACGAGUGACGCAGGCGCCAGUGACGGAAGCAGCGGUCACUCACGUACCAGUAACCGAAGCGCCCCUUGUGCGGUCGUGGGUGACACAGACGCUCCCACCGGAUGCGUUUCAGGAAGCGACGCGGGCACCCACACAGAGUCCGACAGAACAACCAGCACGGGAACCCACUAGGACACCGACUGAAGCACCAAGUUCUCCAGCGCCUUUCCAAGAACAAAGUUAUGACAGCCAGCCGCCAGCGGCACCAGAAAUCACAGCAGCAUCGCCCAUUGCUGUGAAUGCACCGACCUCGCAAGACGGUUCAUCCAGAGCCGACCCUUCCACAGGGUCUUCCGUUGGUGGUGCAGCACCUCCAGCCACUGCUACCGGGGAUGUCACAUUGCUUCCUUUCCCGCAACAGCACCUGGGUGGGACGAGACGACGCCGGAUAAAGUGCGUGAAGACGGGAGUUUUCGCCGAUUUUAGGUCCGGCUGCCGGAGGUAUCACGUGUGCACAAAGAACAAAAGCAAGACGUACGAGUGUCCGCAGGGUUUGCUGUUUAGCCCCGUGAAACAGACGUGCGACGUGCCCGAGAAGGUGUCCUGUGCGCCGCCCCGUCACCGGGGCUGCGUAAACUGCAAGCCGUCCAAAACAUCGACGUCGAAGACGCCUACUGCACGCUUGCACCACGCCCACGGUGUGCCUCCGGGCUUUCACUUUGAGUGCGACCAGCUGCCUGAUGGAUUUUACCCAGACGUCGCGCGUCGGUGCCACGUCUUCUACCGCUGCCACGGUGGGCAAACGUUCUCGCACUACUGCAAGGGAGGCCUGCUGUUCAAUGCCAAGACAGGGAACUGCGAUUUCGAGGGCAGCGUCGACUGUUCGGCGCCGGGCGACGAGGAACGGUCGCCUAACGAGUCGGCAUGAGUGUUUCUCGCGCACUUGUCAACGCGGCUAGUCAGUGCGAUGAGCCUCGCGAACGCCGAGUGGCUGCUGAGCAACGCAACACGUGCCAAGUAGGGAUGCUGGAAGGAAAUGUUAUUCGGCGCCCGUCAUUCGGAAUUCAGCUGACACGCUCUUACGCGGCGGCGAAUACCGUAUGCGAAGUGUUGUCUCGACCCACAGAGAUCCUAGCGAGACCGAACAUUCAAUUAAUGACCAUGGCGAUGAAGCGUAACUGCAUUAAAAGUAUUCUCAUGAGGGGUAUUGCUCCAAUGUUGAUACCGUAGAAGGAGAGCUGAUGAGUCGUUUACUUUGUGGAGCAUCAUCUCAGUUGUGAUGGUAAAAAACAUGAAACUGCUUUCGAAGGCUGAUGCGCUCCAUACAAAAACGAUUGGGCCUUAAUGGAGCGGGGGUACUCCAUAGUAGCUUGCCCCAAGGAAGGACAGGUCACGUGCAUCACCUUUUGUGAACUGCUUCGCGUUCUGUGACGUGCCUCGCAUUUUGUGAGGCAGUACCGCACUUAAUCCGAGUUUAACCUGUUUUAGUAUUUUGUCUGUCUGUGCAAGAUUUGCAGAAAACGUAUGUUUGCAAUGUUAAUUCCAAUUUUUUCAGCCUUCUUUCGCUGUCGUGAACUGAACGUUGGCGCCAUUCAAAUCCCCUGUGUAACCAACAUGUUAAUCAAUUGCGCCGAUGGAUUGCUCUAAAUGCAAGUAUCAUAUUUUCCGCUCACCGUACAGCAAUGAAUAGGUGCGCGUACAUAAGACGUAUAGAUGAAGCCCAACAAGACACUGUUGCCUACACCACCAUAUAACUUUGUGUAGAGUGCAUUAUGAUGGUAUAUAAAUUAUUACCGAACUAUUACAAGUAAUAGAAAACAUUGCCAUGACGUGCUCUCUAAGCACAAUUCACGCAAUACCUGCGAUCAAGCAGAAUUCUCGUUUGCAACCUUAUUUGCCUCUACUGCUAUACAACAGACUACGGGGCAGAACGGAAAAUAUGUUAUUUGCUAGAAGAAUGACUUUCGCACUCAGUUUUGCCAAACAAACAUUGUCAUUGUUGUAAAAUAAACUGCACAUGUUUUUUUUCA